AUGAACGACUCUGGAAAUCAGCAAAAUGAGAACUACGAUGCAAAUCCUAAUUUUACUUUCAUCGGUGCUGAGCUUCCUGUUGAUUACAAAUUGGAUUGGAUGUGCGAAUUAGCACUGGAGAAUUCAGAUCGUAUAACGACUGCUAACGAACACGACACCGUCUACUUAACCCUUGACAGCGUGCAGUAUAUUUUCACUGUGUGCAUCCGGCUGCGCCUUCCCCCUGAUAUUCGCUAUUUGGCAGCUUUAAUUUUUAGUAGGUUUAUGCGAAUUCACACUCUGCAAGUGUUAAACUUCCUCGAUGAAAUGAAAAUGAGUGAAAAGAGGCGUUCCCGUGAAUGGGAACGGGUUGAAGCCAAUUUGUCUCGACAAACAACUCUUCGUAUGCUGUCUUCGAUACAGAUCGCCUCUAAAGCACUUAGUUACCAUGAUAGCCUUUCAUCAAAACAAGUUUGCUCGUGUCUUCGUUCUUUGGGGUUCGCCUACACACAGCGCGCAGCGCUGAAAUCAGAGCUGCGAAUUUUGAAAACCCUUGAAUAUCGCUUACCGAGGUCACCUCUCGUUUAUUCCGAGACGCUUCUAAAAUCCGUCGUGUCCGUUUGCUCAAACGUCGACUUCAAUGUGAUUUGGGAGCAUACGCUUAUGUUCCUUGAUAUUGUGUUUUUACACCACGAACAGGUCUACGAACAUGUUUUGAAGUCAGCGGUGUCGCGAAAAGGUCUACCACCAUCUCUUCCGAGAGCCGAUAUUGAACGAGUGAAAGCAGAUUGGAUGCUCCUUGGUGGAGGAACAGUAACUGCUGCAGCUCAGUGUGUGCUAACUAUGGACCAAACGGAGGUGAUGGUGGCGCAUCUUGCAAAAUUCUCGGGCACGCCUACCGAGGAUAUCUUUCAAAUGGCUGCCGCUAUAACCCAAACUACAUUACUGCUUCAGAAGUCACUGCCUAAAUAG